UGGCAAAGAAACAGAAGAAGACAAAGAAAGAAGAACAGGUUCAAUUUAACUUGAAAAGUCCAAGAACAAGAGAAGCAUGAAAGAAAUUAGGCUAUGAAUUCUCUGAGCUGAAGUUCAAGCCAAAGGAAGAGUUUGAUAUAAGCGAUCCUGAAAUUCUUGAAAUUCGAUUCAAAGCAAAUGAGGAAAGAAGAAAGCAAAAGAUUUAAAAACGUGCUAGUUGAAAGAAAAUCAAUCGUCGAAUCACAACCGAAAGCAUUAAAAGCAGCAUCAUCAGUUAGUUCCUUAUCUUCCAAACAAAGAUCUGUAAUGGACCCUCAGUGGUCUAAGAAAGUUCUAGAAGAAGACAAGGAAAUCAGAAGAGUUAAGAUGGGACUUGAAAUGGCUAAAAGAAUCAAAGAAAAAGAAAAAGAGGAGUAUCUUAAGAGAAUGAAAGAGAAAGAGGAACAAGAUAGAAAUGCCUUUGAAAAUGAUCAAGAAUUCAGAAAACAACUUCAGAAAGAUGAUACUCUGAAGCUUAAAUUCCAUGAGGAAUUAAGAAGAAAAGACUUUGAAAGAACUUUAAAAAAGCAAGAAGAUGAAGAAAAAGCUCUCAAAAGAAAGCAACGAGAACAACUUGAGGAAGAAAGGCAACAGCUAAAACAAAUGGAGGAGGAGCAUCAAAAGUAUCUCCUAGAAUUGAAGAAUAAGGAAGAAAAUAAGCUCAAAUCUAAAGAAGAACUAAAGAGUAUAACUGAGAAAAUACUACAAAAGCAGAAAGAAGAGAUAGAACUUAAAAAGAAACAGCUCUUACAAAGAGAGAAAGAGGACGAAGAGAGAAUAAAAGAAAUUCGUCAGAAGAAUGCUUUAAUCAACGAAAGAAUAAAACAAGCUAGGAUAGAAAAGAUCAAAGCUGUUAGACAAAAAGAGAAAGAGCUUAACGUUCCUAAAAUAAACUACGAAAAGGAGAAAAAGAUUGAAAGAGUCUUGACAGAUAUUGAGAAAAAGAAGAAACAGAGCUUAAAAUAAGUUAGAGAUGAAGAACGAAUAUAUUGAGAAGAUCCGUAAACAGAAUGAAAACUUAAUCGAACAAAAAUUAUCUGAGCUCAAACAUAAACAAACUUUAGCUGAAGAGAGAAUAAAGAAGAAGCACAAAAUUUUUGAAAGAGAAAAGGCUCAUCAGAAAGCAAUCAAUGAAGAAAAGGAGAAAUAUAGGAAGAAAAUAUAUGUUACAAUGGAAGAACAUUUGGAGCAGAAAAAGAAAGAUGUGGUGGACAAGAUUGAGACUAAAGAACAAAAGAUGAAAGCCCAAUUUGAUAAGACCCAAAGGCAGAGGAAAUUACAUGCAGAAUUGGUCAAGAUUAAGAAUGAAGAGAGACUUGAAGAAGCAAGGAGGUUGGAGAAAGCAAAAUCAUACCAAAUAUUGAAGAAGAAGGAGGAGAUUGAAGAAGAGAACAGAAGGAAUGAAUUAAUCAAAGCUGAAAAGGAAAAGAUAGAGAACUUGAAAAAGCUGACGUUGAAGAAAGAAAAAGUAUAAAUUCAAUAGUAAUUCAGAA